AUGAAUUUAGACGACGAUCCAGGUGGAAGAUUUCCAAAAAUUGUAAGAAAUUACGAUGUGACACGUGAAAGCAUUGAAGCUUUAUCUCAUUUGAAGAAAAUGACCAUUGAGCAAAACGAAAAAAAUUCGAUUUAUUCAUAUUUUCGUUGUUCACAACAGAAGCCAUUAUUACCACCAACUCCACCUCCAAAUAAGACUAUACCACAGGACGAAAAUUUCGAAAACAUUAAUCGAUCGGAUCGAUCAUGUCUAAAAAGAUAUCAUAGAGUUUCAACGGAAAAAUCUAAGAGCACUGAUAAUCUGAGAAAAUGUAUUAGGGAAAUCACUAUCGAAAAGAAUGAUAAUGAUCAUACAGCCAAUUUACCGCAGCCAACCAAUCAUACUUCAAGUGGAAAUCCUACAAAAAAGCGAGUUGUUUUUAAAACCAUGGAGGAUGACUUUUCUGCUGGAAUUCAAAUCGCUCCGAAAACAAAGAAUUAUCGCUCUAGUGAAGAGGGCGAUGAGUCAUCAGCACUAAUAGCGAGUUAUGGAUUUAAACCAAAUAAAUCAUCUGUUCAAAGAAUACAUCCAAUCCAACUCAUUAACCAUAAUGAUCAAGAAGUGAUGAAUCGAAAAGUCAUCACUGAUCAAAUUGGUCAAAGAAGUUAUAGGCCAAUCCGAAUUUUCGUGAAAGAUGAUGUAAGUCAAACAAAGAAAAUACCGAUACGAACACGAUCAUAUGAUGAUUUGCUUGACGAUGAGAAAUAUUUGCCGAGAAACAGUGAAUAUUUCAUGAGUGAUUACUACAAUUCUUUGGAUAAAACUCGUUGGCAAAGUAGUACUUUUAAUCAACAAAUGAUGUCCAAAGAAUCCUGUGUGAAAAACAACGUUCAAAAAACGUUGACAACGAGAAUUGUCCAAUCAUUCCCUACAUCACCUUCAAUUAAACACUCUACAGAGUUAAUGAAAGACGGUGAGAAAUAUAAAGAACAUGAACAUAUUUGGAAAGUGCCUGAACUUAUAGAAACUGUGGAUUCUCGAGAAUGGAAGCAAAUUGUUACUCAACAACGACUGCCAAGUCCAGGAGAUUCAAGCAGUAAAAAUACAGUAGAUGCUGAUUUAAGGCUUCGGUUGUCGCCGAAGGCAAAUGAGGAAAACAAAAUUCUGUACUCCAAAAACUGCCAUUUCAGUGGCGUUUCGAAACUAUCUAGCCAUUAUUUUCCUCGUAAUAAUAGUGCUAAUGCUCCACACAACAACAAAUCUGAAUGCAAUGCUAAAUAUUCCAAAGAUCAGUCACAUUCGCUUAUCAGUAAUCAUUGGAUGAUUAAAGAAUCUGAGAGUCCAAAGCGACUAAUUGAACAGCUACGUCAACCAACCAUAGAAAUUUCUGUGAAUUCAUAUUCUUGUAAGUUACAUGGAAUUUUAGCUGAAGUAAACGGCAGCUUAUCGCGAAUGAAAACAAAUGAACAAGUGGUUUCAGUUAGUGGAAAACAUAAGUGUUCGCAUUGCUAUGCUGAACUAGGCAUGUCUUGCAUUUUACAUAUUUAUUCUUUUACUAUUAUUAUUGUCGUCAUUAUUAUCAUUACUGUUAGUAAUAUUGGUGUUGCUAUAAUCACAGUCACUGAGAUAAAAACGAAAAAAGGUCGAGGUGCAGCUAUGAUAAUUGAAUCACUGAAUUUAUUCUAUCAUUUAAGCUGUUUUCGUUGUUAUGUUUGCAACAAAACAUUGGGCAAUGGUACAAAAGGUGCGGAUGUACGUGUUCGUGAUGAUAAACUUCAUUGUCAAACUUGCUAUAGUAAUGAUGAUGCAGGGCUUGCUGGAUUAAAAUUAUCGAUGUCUACGUUGUUACUAAUAGACAGUUUAAGAAGCCCUAUACCCUAUACUAGCCGUUAG